ACCACGUGUUGCAGCGUCGUGCUUCCGCUUUCUUGUGUGUUUGUCGUUAUUGUUCUCAAAAUCGACAAAAUGGUUUUUCGCUUUCGGUUGUUGUUGUUGCAUGCGUUUCUCGUGUGAUGCAGCGCGAUACUCAGCGAGGAAACGUCUAAACGCGUAGACGUUUUGACGUUUGAAAGCGUAGACGUUCUCUGUCGUGCCCACCUGCGUUUGCAGCUGCGCGAACGAAGCAAUGACACCGAACGGUGCUCGGAUUCGCGCGCAGUCUAGGAGGGAAGUGUACGACAGGCUCCACAAGAUACGCCUGGAACUUGAGGACUUGCGGCGUCACUGCGGGCGAAGUGACAGAGAAGCUCUCGAGGCCCUCAAGCGGACUUGUAAAGGGCAGGAAGAAGAAAUCGCGCGUUUGAAGAAGAAACACGAGGAAGCCCAAGAACAAAUAGAGUACUUGAAGAUACUGUUAUCAGCAAAGGGAGCAGACCAAACUGACUUGGAUGCAGCUGAAACUUGCGUUGAUCACAAUGCCAAUUCACAGUUGCUUGAAGGACAACUUCUGGACGGCUUGUGGGCUGCUGUGAAGCAUGCCUGGUCUAUGGAAGCAGAAAAAAAUGACCUGAACAUCUUGCUUUCAAAAAAGGUGCUUGAGCUAAACAAGCUGCAGCUCCUCUAUUCUGAACAAUCAAAGAAACUGCUGGAGGCAACACGAGCUCUCUCAACACCAAGUUCUUCUAGACACACCUCCAGCUGCGACGUAUCCUACAAGUGAUAUGGGACAACAGCAUCUGCCACUUGUGCAUUUAAAAUGCAGUCCUUUUGUUCAAAUGGGCAGCAGUGAAUAAUUCUCAGGCAUGCAUCUGCUUUCUGCAUUGCAGUAACUGUACCAAAUAAUGGUGUCUCAAGGAUUUUAAUGAAACACCCCUUUCCUUUUGUGAAGGGAGGGGGAUUUUGUGGUUUGUGGAACAAAUAGUAUGAUUGUUGACUGCGUGGGCGUUUUCUGUUGCCCAGUGCUGUACCUGCCACUAGUGUCACAUGGUGCAUAAUGCCAGCUAGCUUUUGUGCUGCAAAAGUUCAUACUAGCAUUGCAGCACAUUCUGCUCAACUUCUGAUGCUUGUUGUGUUUUUUUGAAGGCAUUUAUCAAGUUGGUCUUUGUUCACAAAUUUACUGAGAGAUAUAUGGCUAACUUGUUCCAGAUUGAAUUUUCUUUAAUAAAGAGCAUUUAAAUUUGAAA